CUAGUUGUUUUCAUUUUGAUAGAGUUGAUAUCAUAUGCUUGCAUUAUAGAACCAGGAGGAGUGCCAUCUACGAGUGGUACCAGUGCAUGUUCUCUUUCACAGCACAUGGCACCAACGACAUUACCAGAAGGUGUACUCAUCCUGGAUGGACUACCCCUCAACCCUUUGAUUCCAUACCAGACAGUCAGCCAAUAUGGCUUCCUGUACACCUUGGUGCCAUAUGUGCCUCACAUUGAAAGUAGAAAAAUGGGGCACAAGAACACUCAGACUGCUGUUCCAACUGCCACACUUGGAACUCAAACCCGAAUCCUUAUGCCAAGCAGGGCAAGUCAAACGAACUUGACCCUUCCACCUGGCAGUAGCCUCUCCUUCACGUCAUCUGAAAUGACGGAAUGCCCAGAAGACAGCGUGGGUGAAAGUGCAGUGCUUUCCACAGCAGAGGUUUUUUUGCAUGAUGUGGGCACCUCACAACUCUUUGAUGCCUCACUUGAAAUGUCUCAUGACAAGGACCGGAGCUCCACUCCAGUACCUGAGCAGUUGGAUACGACAGUUGGAUCCUCCAGCCAACCUGACCCUAUGGAUGCGACGUUUCACCUGUCCACAGCAACGGAGAGCUCGGAUACUGAAGAUGAUGAAUACGAGAAGCAGCAGCAGCCUGGGCACUCAAAAUCUCGCAGUCGUCAAAUAGUAAAUCCGGAGGAGCGGUUCUUCCUAGUCGCUGAGUCCAGCCUGCAAGAACUGUUGUGUGUCUGCCCCUUCUGCAUGAGUGAUGAAGCUCGUGUUGACACUACAACAAGGGGAACAUCUGUAAAGUCUACAACUGUUUGCAGCUGUGGCAAACAGCGUACUUGGCACAGCCAACCAUGGGUGAAGGACAGGCCACUUGGCAACAUCCUGCUAUGUUCUGCCAUUCUGUUUUCCGGGGUCAACAUCAGAAAAGCAUUUCGAAUGCUUGAUAUGAUGAAGGUGGCCACCCUAACGAAGUCGCAGUACUUCAGGACGCAGAAGCAGCACCUUUUCCCUGCUGUGAAUGACGUGAGUGUAGUGACGUAA